UUGAAUAUUUUAUAAAGCUCUGUUAUAUCUGAUUUGUGUGUGUUUCCUUGCAGGUGAUGAAACGUGUGAAGCCGGGCCUGAAAGAGUAUGAGAUGGAGAGUCUGUUCCAGCACUACUGUUACUCUCGCGGAGGAAUGCGUCACACCUCGUACACCUGCAUCUGUGGAAGUGGGAAUAACUCCUCCGUCCUGCAUUACGGACACGCCGGCUCUCCCAAUGACAAAACCAUCCAGGAUGGAGACAUGUGUCUGUUUGACAUGGGCGGCGAGUAUUACUGCUACUCCUCCGACAUCACCUGCUCCUUCCCGGCCAACGGCAAGUUCAGCGCGGACCAGAGAGCCGUUUAUGAAGCCGUGCUGAAGUCCUCCCGAGCCGUGCUGGACGCCAUCAAACCUGGUGUGAAGUGGACAGACAUGCACCGGCUGGCGGACCGGGUCCACCUGGAGGAGCUGCUGAAGAUGGGGAUCCUGCGUGGGGCGGUGGAGGACAUGCUGAAGGUCCAUCUGGGCUCCGUCUUCAUGCCUCACGGUCUGGGUCACUUACUGGGCAUCGACGUCCACGACGUGGGAGGAUAUCCAGAGGGCACCGAGCGCGUGGACGAGCCGGGACUGAAGAGUCUCCGGAUGGGCCGUGUGGUGCAGGAGCGGAUGGUCCUCACGGUGGAGCCGGGGAUAUAUUUCAUCGAUCACCUGCUGGAUAAAGCGCUCGACUCCCCGACUCAGUGCGGCUUCAUCAACAGAGACGUCCUCAAUCGCUUCCGCGGCUUCGGCGGGGUGCGCAUUGAGGAUGAUAUCGCUGUGACGGCUGACGGCGUGGAGCUUCUGACCUGCGUUCCUCGAACCGUGGAGGAGAUCGAGGCGUUCAUGGCCGAAGAAACGUCCAAACCCUUCAGUCCCAUCAGCAGCCAGAAGUUCUGAGAUUAU